GACUCAUGGAUGCAGCCGCCGCCGCCGCCGCCGCAUCCGACCCGAAUCCCCUCUGCUGACUCUUUUGGAGGGGAUCAAACUCAACAAAUUAGAGGGUGGACAAAGAGAAACAAGUGGCCGCUCCCGGGCGAGCCACAACAAUGAGCCCGUCCUGCCUCAAAUUGAAUGGAUUAGCCAAUCUAUUCUGAGCUGUAAUGAGAUUAGAGGGGCAGCGCGCAGACAUGCAGGGUGGCGGCGGCGCGGUGGUACCUUUCCUUCGCCUCCCCGGGGACUGCUCCCCCUGGAAAUGGCGCUGUUGAUGCCGGGGCACCUUUGGGGACAUUCGGACGCACGCUCACCUGCGCCGCUCGUGCGGGGCGCGGAUCCCUCGAAGUAGCGCUCCAAAGUAGAGAGACGUACGGAGCCCGAAGAUGAAGUACCAGAAAUACAUCACGGUGAUGCAGAUGGCCAUGGGAGUGACAGCCUCGAACAAAGACUGCCUCCCCACCAAGAGACAGCUGUGGGUAACGCCAUCAGAUGGAGAGACGUCCCCCUCUGGUGCUCCCGAAUCUUCAGAUGGGCCUAUUGGUGCUACUGGGGGUGCUGGUGCUAUGGCCAUGCCUGCCACGUCCACGCUAUCCCUGCCCAUGAGCCAGGGAAAACCUUCCUUACGUCGAAUCAAAGGCCGCAUUCACCGCAGUAAGAGCCUAGACAGCAUUGAUCUGCUUGACUCCAAUAGCGCAGCGAUGGAGGAAACAGUCAUAUGGGAACAGCACACAGUGACCCUUCACAGGGCUGCUGGAUUUGGGUUUGGUAUUGCCAUCUCAGGUGGGCGAGACAACCCACAUUUUCAAAGCGGGGAGACCUCCAUUGUGAUAUCUGAUGUUUUAAAAGGAGGUCCAGCAGAGGGAUUGCUGCAAGAAAAUGAUCGUGUGGUAAUGGUGAAUGCAGUGUCUAUGGACAACGUGGAGCAUGCAUAUGCUGUGCAACAACUGCGCAAAAGUGGCAAAAAUGCAAAGAUCACUAUUCGGAGGAAAAGGAAAGUACAGAUCCCUGUUUCUCGACCAGGGGACAGGGAGACCAUGUCAGAACAUGAGGAAGACGACAGUAAUGAGGAAGAUGGCUAUGAGCAUCACAGUGGUCGUGGAGGCCCAAGUGCCUAUACAGGCGCAAGUGGAGGCACGAGCAGUAGUAGGCGACACGAUCGUGAACGUAGCAGCAGUGGACGACGGGAUCAGAGUGCCUCACGGGAAAGGAGCAUCUCACCACGCUCUGAUCGACGUUCACAAGCCUCCUCUGCUCCCAGCAGACCUUCCAAGGUCACACUUGUCAAGUCGCGGAAGAAUGAAGCAGAAUAUGGACUGCGGUUAGCUAGCCACAUCUUUGUGAAGGACAUCUCUGCUGAGAGCCUUGCUGCCAGGGAUGGGAACAUCCAGGAGGGAGAUGUUGUUUUGAAGAUCAAUGGCACAGUUACUGAGAACCUAUCAUUGAUAGAUGCCAAGAAGCUGAUUGAGCGAUCAAAGGGCAAGCUGAAAAUGGUUGUUCAGAGAGAUGACCGAGCCACGCUCCUGAACAUUCCUGAUUUAGAUGACAGCAUUCCCUCAGCCAAUAACUCGGAUAGAGAUGACAUUUCGGAAAUACAUUCACUGACAUCAGACCAUUCCAGUCGAUCCCGUGGCCGGGGUCGAUCACGCUCACCUGACAAGAAUGAGCCAUCGGACCAUCUCCGGCUCUCACCUCGGCAGAUCACUAAUGGCAGUCAUCGAAGUCGAGAUGAGGAGCAGUCUAAACCAGGGGCUAUGUCCACGCCAGUCAAAAGCUCUGAUGAUGGUGUCUUGUCUCAGUCUAGUGACCAAACCAGCUCCAGAGAUGACAAACAGUUACCUCCGCUGCCUGAACCAAAGCCUGUGUAUGCACAGCCUGGCCAGCCUGAUGUGGACCUGCCAGUCAGCCCCUCUGACGCACCUGUCCCCAGCGCUGCUCAUGAUGACAGUAUCCUCAGGCCAAGUAUGAAGCUGGUAAAGUUCAAAAAGGGAGAAAGUGUUGGUCUUCGGCUAGCUGGAGGAAACGACGUUGGAAUUUUUGUAGCGGGAGUUUUGGAGGACAGUCCUGCAGCCAAGGAAGGACUGGAAGAAGGGGACCAGAUUCUCAGGGUGAACAAUGUGGACUUUGCCAACAUAAUUAGGGAAGAGGCGGUGUUGUUUCUGCUUGAUCUCCCGAGAGGAGAGGAAGUUACAAUCCUCGCUCAGAAGAAGAAAGAUGUGUAUCGGAGAAUAGUGGAGUCAGAUGUGGGCGACUCCUUCUACAUUCGCACACAUUUUGAAUAUGAAAAAGAGUCACCAUAUGGCUUGAGCUUUAACAAGGGCGAGGUGUUCCGAGUGGUAGACACCCUCUACAAUGGCAAAUUAGGAUCCUGGCUUGCUAUUCGCAUUGGCAAGAACCAUCAGGAGGUGGAGAGGGGCAUCAUACCCAACAAGAACAGGGCUGAGCAGCUGUCCAGUGUGCAGUACACCCUCCCCAAAACACCAGGGGGUGAUAGAGCGGAUUUCUGGCGAUUCCGUGGCUUGCGAAGCUCAAAGAGGAAUUUGCGGAAGAGCAGGGAUGACCUAUCAGCACAACCGGUUCAGACUAAGUUCCCCGCCUAUGAGAGGGUGGUGCUUAGGGAAGCUGGGUUCCUGAGGCCUGUGGUCAUCUUUGGGCCAAUAGCAGACGUGGCAAGAGAAAAGCUGGCCAGAGAAGAGCCUGAUGUCUUUGAAUUAGCAAAAACACAGCAACAACAAGGAGGAGAAAAAAGUGAACCAAGGGAUGCUGGAACUGACCAGAAAAGCUCUGGCAUCAUUCGCCUGCACACCAUCAAACAGAUUAUUGACCGGGACAAACAUGCGGUGCUGGACAUCACCCCGAAUGCAGUGGACCGCUUGAACUACGCACAGUGGUAUCCAAUUGUAGUGUUUCUCAACCCUGACACAAAGCAAGGCGUCAAGAACAUGAGGACCAGACUCUGUCCUGAGUCUCGGAAGAGUGCCAGGAAGCUCUAUGAACGAGCCCUAAAAUUGAGGAAGAACAAUCACCAUCUCUUCACCACAACGAUUAACUUGAACAACAUGAAUGAUGGAUGGUUUGGAGCACUGAAGGAAAUAAUCCAGCAGCAGCAAAACCAACUUGUGUGGGUUUCAGAGGGCAAGGCUGAUGGAGCAGCAGAGGACGAUCUGGAUAUCCAUGACGACCGUCUGUCCUAUCUGUCUGCACCAGGCAGUGAGUAUUCCAUGUACAGCACCGACAGCCGCCACACCUCUGACUACGAGGACACUGACACGGAGGGUGGAGCCUACACCGACCAGGAGUUGGACGAAACCCUGAAUGACGAUGUGGGUCCUCCUACGGGGCCUGCCAUCACCCGCUCAUCUGAGCCUGUCCGAGAGGACCCGCCUGUCAUCCAGGAAGCACCUGGCUACGCUGGUUACCAACACGCAUUGCAGUCUGACCCCCUGAACCGCAUCGACCCGGCUGGUUUCAAGACACCAGCGCCGCAGCAGAAAGCAGAAGCCACUGCCACCCCUAGCAACCCCCAGCUCUCUGACCCCCUGGCUGAGACAGUGACCCCUGCUGUAAAAACUGUAGAGGGCCUGAGCCCUGGCGAGGCUCCUGGAGCUCUCCACAGCCUACCAAGUCCCAACCCAGAGGCUGGCUCACUAAAGAGGCCCACGCCUGAGCUAGCCCCUGAGAGUGUCACAUCAGAACCAAGACAGUCUGGACUGGACAGUUCAGAACCAAAGAUGUUUCAAAAGGAUCCAUACAGCCCAGAUAGCACAGGGAGACCUGGUUCUGCUAUGAAACCUGGAAUUUACAACCCUCAGCAGGGAUAUCACCCUGACCAGCAGCCGUACAGAGAUUACGACCACCCACCCAGUCGAUAUGAUGGCAACAGUGGAGGUGGUUAUCUAGAACCAAAGUACCGAAAUUAUGACUCUCAGCCGCCGUUUGAGAACAGUGUGCCUCACUACGACCAGCAACAGUGGAACCCUUACGGCCAGACAGACUCUACUGCCAACUCCCAGGACUAUGAUCCACGCCUCCCAUACAGCGAUAGCCUCGAGUCUCAGCAUACCCAUCCACUCCGCUUCGAUGAGCUUCCACCUCAGCAGGGAUUCGACGGACGGCCUCGCUAUGGUAAACCCACAGUUCAGGGGCCUGUCCGCUACGAUGAUCCCCCACCCCUUUCUCCAGGACAUGACCUGCACUACAACCAUGAUUCUCAACUAACCUCUCACUCUUCGGCUGGCCGCUCUCCCAGUGGCCAGUGGCCUGCCUACAGCCAGGGACCAACACCGCACGUAAAAGGCUACAAACCUCAGCAGUAUGACACUACUCCUGUAAACUCUGACACCAGCCCCACAUCACCUCCCAAAGCAGAGGUCUCCUCACUUUCCCCUGUAGACACUUCAAAGCCUGACACUGCCAGAAAUAAGUUACACGAAGAUGAUCCUGCCAUGCAACCACAGUCGGUCCUAACAAGGGUCAAGAUGUUUGAGAACAAACGUUCUGUUUCCGUUGACCGGGCCAGAGAUACAGCAGAUCCAUCUGGGAACAAGGUCACAGAUUUGCCCUUGAAAGCAGGGGGAAUCAUCCCAAAAGCGAAUUCUUUGAGCAACCUGGACUCAGAAAACAGGUUUAGAGUCCCAGAGCCUCAGAAACCUCUGUCCACAGUGGCUGAUGACAUUGUGCGUUCCAACAAUUAUGACCCAGAUGAGGAUGAGGACUACUACAGGAAACAGCUCUCUUACUUUGACAGGCUCCAGACUGGCCCCGCCAAACCACAAGCUCAAGCACAACCAACGCACAACUUCUCCAGAACUGAAUCAAUGGAGAAACCAAGUGCAGCAGAGAAACGAUAUGAACCAGUACCCCAGUUGACACCCUCUCUGCCACCAGCCACACUUCCCAAGCCCUCAACUGAAGCCAAGCAUCCUUACAGAGAGGACACUGUCCAGAGCAACUUCCUGCCUCACAAAGGUUUUCCUGAGAAGCCUCCAGUGAAUGGCACUAGUGAAAAGCCUCCGAAAACAAUCACUAGCAGCGGGGCUCCACCGGCACCUAGCUACAACCGCUAUGUGCCCAAACCUUACACAACCUCUGCAAGGCCUUUCGAGCGCAAGUUUGACAGUCCCAAAUUCAACCACAACCUUCUGCCCAAUGACAAGCCAGAUAUGGCCUCAAAGAGUCAGAGUGCAAGCCCAGUGAAGCCCUCCCAGUCACACAACACAGACCAUGACAGUGGCCUUGAUACGUUCACUCGUACAACGGAUCAUCGCUCCAAGCAUCAGCACAACAAUAUCAACACAGUGCCCAAAGCAAUCCCCGUGAGCCCCACUGCCCUGGACGAUGAUGAUGAUGAAGAUGAGGGCCACACAGUGGUUGCGACUGCUCGAGGCAUCUUCAACACCAAUGGUGGCGUCCUGAGCUCCAUUGAGACAGGUGUCAGCAUUAUCAUCCCUCAAGGCGCCAUUCCUGAAGGUGUGGAACAGGAGAUCUACUUCAAGGUCUGCCGAGAUAACAGCAUCCUGCCUCCGCUUGACAAGGAGAAAGGGGAGACUCUGCUGAGCCCUCUAGUGAUGUGUGGACCUCACGGCCUCAAGUUUUUGAAGCCUGUGGAGCUGCGCUUACCUCACUGUGCGUCAAUGACCCCUGAUGGUUGGUCUUUUGCUCUAAAAUCCUCCGACUCCUCGUCGGGUGACCCCAAAAACUGGCAGAACAAAUCGCUCCCUGGAGACCCCAACUAUCUGGUGGGAGCCAAUUGCGUGUCUGUGCUCAUCGACCACUUUUAAGUGGGGAGGGGCCAGCAGGUGCGAUGUUACUGAAUAUGAAUCGUUGGUGGAUAAACACGGACACACACACACACACACGGACACACACACAGCUACACUCUCCGACUCCCCAUGGUAGUGUGAAGAAGAUCCAGUCAGUGCUGUUUACGACUGGGCACUGAAGAUUUAUUAAGUAAUUUUUUCCCCCAAAUGAAGUCUAGAAGUCGUGAAAUGAAACCACUGAUGCAUGCACCCGCCCCUCCUACUAAGGUUUGUUAUAUACAGUGUACACAAUGAGGUUUUUACAUGCCAUACAUAGAUGGUUUUCCAAUUUGCGCCACCAGCGAACAUGUUUUACAAACCAGUGUCGUGUAUUUAUGCUAUAUAUGCAUACAGUAUAUAUAGUAGUCUAGACACAAUGUAUAUGGUAAUGUAUUUUACUUCUGAUUUCAACCUCCUGUUAUUUUUUCAGUUCAGGUGACUGAAUUUGAAUUUAAAUAUGUAUCCGCAUUCCUCCAUUUGGUGGGAAUCUGAUGAAGGUGUUAGUCUGAGAUGAGACAGUUGGAGUUUGAAGGUCAGCUGGAUCUGAAAGCCAAGCAGCACACGUUAACCUUUAUUCUUCCUCUGUUGCACCUUUUCUUCCAGUCGGAUCUUGUAGCUUGAGUUUUUCUCUCUCCUUCCAGCUUGAGGGAGAUCUAUGCAUGUUCUACUCAGGUCCAGCGGCCUCCUCAGUUGCUUCCUCACGUUUCAUUCUCAUCUCGUUUUGCACUCUUGCAUUCAAACACAAUAAGCAGUGAUGCCUUAUCUGCAGAUCACCUCUUUUCAUGAAGAAAAUAAUUUAUGAUUAAUAACUCUCUAGUGUUGUUUGGGCUGCCAUUUUUGUUAACCCAGUCUAUAAGCCAACUCGGGUUCAGCACACAGUUGAGAGAGGAUAACACAUUUCUGUUGGUCUUUUGUCUCCUAUGCAUUACUUUGAGAAAAAAAAAAAACAUAGAAGAAAAAGAGAGGCUGUAAAUAAUGC